AUGACUAAAUUUCGUCCCUGUAUAGACUUGCAUUCAGGUCAGGUGAAGCAGAUUGUAGGCGGCACAUUAACAACUGCUUCAUCUGACUUGAAGACCAACUACGUAUCGAAAUUACCGGCUGGUCAUUUCGCAAAAUUGUACAAGGACAAUGAUCUCACCGGUGCUCAUGUUAUUAUGCUUGGUCCUGGCAAUGAGGAGGCUGCAAAACAAGCUGUAGGAGAGUGGAAGAAUGGUCUUCAAGUUGGAGGUGGUAUCACGGAUGAAAAUGCUAAGCAGUGGAUUGAAUGGGGUGCUGAGAGGGUCAUCAUUACUUCUUUCCUAUUUCCUAAUGGGAAGUUCUCCCAAGAACGACUAGAUUCCGUAUUGGAAUCUCUUGGUGGUGAUAAAGAAAAACUUGUCAUUGAUCUGAGUUGUCGAAGGAGAGAUGAUACUUGGUUUGUGGCUAUGAACAAAUGGCAAACCAUUACAGAUAUGGAGGUGAAUGAGGCAUCUAUCAAAUCCUUAGAGCCAUACUGCUCCGAGUUCUUAAUCCAUGCAGCGGACAAUGAGGGGUUGCAAAAAGGUAUCGAUGAACAACUCGUCGAGAAACUAGCACAAUGGUGUAGUAUCCCGGUCACUUAUGCUGGUGGCGGAAGAAAUCUCCAAGAUCUUGAUAACGUCAAGAGACUUAGUGAUGGAAAGGUUGAUCUCACAAUAGGAAGUGCUCUGGAUGUUUUCGGAGGUUCCGGGGUCACAUUGGAUGAAUGUGUGCAAUGGAAUCAGAAGCAAGUUGCUUCGUCAUAA